AUGCUGCCUAUAGCUAGCAAUGACAAGAACCUACAACAGGAGCUUAUAGACCAGAUCAUUACACAAAACCCUCUCUUCUCCAAAUCGAGAUUGGUCUCUCUCUACUCCAACUUUGGCAAGCUUCAACAGUUGAAUCCAGAAGGAUAUCAGGCUAACAUCAGUGCCUGGACCUCGCUUCUUCACGAUAUCUGUUCGAAUAAUGGCAUUGGCGACUCGAACAUCUCACUAACGACGCAUAAUCUGAGUUUGGCGCAUAGUCUAGCGGUUUUUCCGUAUGGAGAACCCAAAAGCUUGGACUUGGUAUUAGAUGAGCUUGUUUCAAACAACAAGAUGGUACCCUACUCUUUGUAUAUUGCUCAUAAGGGAAGCUAUUUGAAAGUGAUAAACCCGCUGGCUAUUCUUGACUUAUUUUCUCCAGCAAAUUGGGUACGCUACGGACUUCGUUCCAUCGGUAUAGGAAACUAUAAGAUUGUGGAUAGUAGUGGUACUCUUAUAGACGAAAGAUAUGUUUCGUGGGAAUUGCUUACGAAGUUAGCAGAAAAGCUCUACAACUACGUCCGAAAAGAAAUUACUAAAGCUGGCAGUUCAGUCACAAGUAAAUUGUUCGGUUUCUUGUCACUAUACGAAUUUUUGCGCUCUAAGGACGAUUCCUUGACCGAACUAGAUCUUUCCAUAGUUUUGCUUUAUUGGUCUAGAGACACAGAAAAGUGCCAAACGAGACAAGAGAUUAAUGAGACUUACAUAAAAUUUGAUAAGGAGCCAAUAACUGAUCUGGAAGUUGAGAUUGUGAAUGUCAAAUCUGCUAUACUCAACUUGAAGAAGAGGAACACAAGUUUGGAAUCCAAGAUCGAAGAAAUUGAAACCACAAUGAAGUCUGUAUUGACGAUCAAGAGUAAAAGUGAACAGAAGGAUAGACUUCGAUAUCUACUUGGCCUCAAGAACGUAUUCACCAAGUCUUUGAAUCUGAGUUAUUCGUCUUAUAGUGAGUUGAGCUCGAUUCUCUUGAAAAUCGAAGAUUCCCAUUUGAAUUCCGAGAUUUAUGCCCAGCUUGUUAGCAGCUCAAAAUUGUUGAAAGAUUUGAAUUCAAAGAUCGAGAUCAGCGACAUUGAUGAUGUUAAACUUGCCAUUGAGGAAGAAAUGACAAAGACAGACGAGAUUUCGCUGUCUCUAGAACAGGCUCAUAUCGAAGACUCGGAAAUAGAAGAGGAACUAGAGAAGUUACAUAAGGAAGAAUCUGAAACUAAUGAAGAGGACUCCUUGUUAAACAAACUUGAGAAUUUGAAGAUCAACAAUGACAGUACUCAAAAUAUCGAUAGUGACAGUACUCCAAGGAUAGACGAACAAGAAACUUCUUCGAACCAGGUCGAACUAAUGGCUACUUAA